AUGUUCAAUUGGUCAUCGAAACUUUUGCAGAUGUCGUUCUGUUCAUCAGAAACAUCUGAUGCAUUGAGCACAUCUCGAAAGGGUAGCUGGCUUGUUGCCAAAAUCGAUGAGAACGAGGUUGAUAAAGAAAUUGAAGAGACAAUCGAGGAUUAUCAGUUGCGACAUCCUGAAGCUGAUAGAAUGGCCCAACUCGAUUAUGCUUUGGAAUAUUGUCGGGAACAGCUCCGCGAGUUGCUCACUGAUGAAAUAUAUGAUAAAUCAACGACAAAACCCAUUGACAUUUCGGUUCCGGACGGGCAUGGGAAUUUGCCGACAUUUAUGGACAUUGAGCGAAAAUCGGCGAGGAAGCAAAUGUUUUUCGAUAAAAUCGUUCAUUUGGGUCUCGAGAAACAGCAAAUGCUGGAUGAAGCUGGAACUGAGCUCGACAUUCUUCGCAGCGAAGGUCACGAGUUCGUUCUGCAGCCGAUUCGGGGAAAACGCAAUCCGUGCUGCGAGGUGUGCAUGCACACAAUUUGGAGACUUGUUCAAUCGUGGAGACGAUGUCGAGUUUGCGGUAUUCGGGCUCACGACAAAUGCGCCGAGGAGAUUCGCCGCGUUUGCGCCGGUGUGCUCGCUUCUCGUCCGCAAUUCGAGCUCAAUUUGAGCAUUUGCGACGAGCGAAGCCUCGCCGAACAAGGAUAUCAGUGUGCGGAAUGCGCGGCGCCGAUUUGCUUCGAGGGCCCGAUUGAGCAGGAGGCGAGACUCUGCGACUACAGCGGCGAGUUGUUUUGUCCGAAUUGCCACUGGAACGACACUUGGACGAUUCCGGCGAGAAUUGUGCACAAUUUGGACGCGACACCUCGUCCGGUUUGUCGCGCCGUCAAACAGCUCCUGUCGAUUGUCGAGCGUCGCCCUUUGAUUGAUAUGAACGAAUCGAGUAUGUCGCUCAUCAAAUUUCAUAAGGAGCUUCGACGCGUCAGCGAACUUCGCCGAAACUUUCUCCUCAUGAAGUGCUAUUUCGUUAGUUGUCGAAAUGCGAAACGUCUUCGAAUCCUUCAAUACCUGAAGGAUCAUUCGCAUUUUGUCGACUCGGCCACUUCGUAUUCUCUCAAAGAACUCCGCGAGUUGUGCGAAGGAAAACUUCUGUCGGAACUUGAACAAAUUCACACAGUUUUCAGAAAGCACAUUGAAGAAGAAUGCGAAACUUGCUAUGGAAAUGGAUUUUAUUGUGAGCUGUGCGACGAAUCGAGCGAAUUGAAGAACAAAGUGCUGUUCCCGUUCACCGAAAACACUCGAACUUGCCAAAAAUGUCUUGCCGUAUUCCACAAGAAAUGUUUCGAGAGAAAAAGCUUCAAUUGUCCAAGAUGUGAUCGUCGCCGUAAACGCGAAGAAAUUCCAUCGAGUCGUUCGAUUUCGUCGUCGAGCGAAGAAUCAUCACCACAACACUAA